CAAUACAACAAUAAUCUUCGAGAUGGCGUUUUUUAAAGCUCUGAACCUGCUUCUCCUCGCGACCCUGGCCAGCUGCGAGCCCCCGGUCAGAUACAACUACCGCGGCCGAAGCACGUUCCAGAACUCCGGCUACAACGCCCCUAGCAACACCUACCUGCCGCCGGUAGACACAGGGUUCAGCUCACCAAGCAACAGCUACCUGCCGCCCAGCAGCUUCGGAGGCGAGUACGAGGACAACAACCAUGGACAUGACCAUGGACAUGACCAUGGACAUGACCAUGGACAUGACCAUGGUCAUGGGCACGACCACGAAGUUCCUAAGUCCUACGAGUUCGGGUACUCCGUGAAGGACGCGCAAUCUGGCAACGACUACGGCAGACGAGAGAGUUCAGAUGGCAACGUGGUGAGAGGAGAAUACAGGGUGGCUCUGCCUGACGGACGCACGCAAAUUGUGACAUACCACGCUGACUGGCAGACCGGCUUCCACGCUGACGUCAGGUACGAGGGCGAGGCGCGGUACCCCGAACCUACCAGGAACCAGAACCAAGGCUACAACUACCAGCAACCCUCAGACUUUAGCGGUUCUUUGACCGGGUUCGGAUCCCGCCCCUCCACCGCCUACGGACCUCCCGGCUAUCAUUGACCACCAAAUAUAUUUGUUUAGUUAGUUAUAAUGUAAGCAAAUAUCUUA